AUGACCACCAAGUCUACUCCCAAAGACCUCAUUGACUCGUUUCCGCACAGCAAACUCACCCCGAUUGCUACCGCGACAACCGAACCCGAUUACUUGUCGCUCCAUCAGCUUCAGUAUGAAAUCAAUGACAAUGCGGAGACCCUUUCCUCCACUCUUGGAGAUGGCCAACACGGUCACCUUUUUCUCGUAAUUUCCGAAACCGAGUACCUCGAAAUGACCGACGGCAUUCCAUGCAUUCCUCCUGUGCAACCGCCUUUCGACCCAGUUCACGCUGCCAACGCCACAGCCCCUCAAAUUCUGUUUGACCUCUAUCACAACGCCAUUAAAGCGUUUCGCAAUCAACUCCUUGAAGCCAUUCCCAUCGAAUACAUCGAAUCUCUCGGUCAUCCUACACGAGGCUUUAACAAAGUCUCUCCCCUCGAAAUCCUUUCUCAUCUCUGGGAAACUUUUGGUAAAAUUCAGGCUUCGGAUCUCAUCGCCAACGACGAACACAUGAAAGCCGCCUGGCAUCCACCAACGCCUAUCCAGCAACUCUUCCAGCAGCUUGAAAAAGGCAAUCAGUUUAUCAUCGCGUCUGGCCAAGUCAUGGACGAACGCAUUAUCGCUCGCAUCGGCUACCAGAUCAUCGAAAAAACCGGACUCUUUGAUCUUGCUUCUCGCAACUGGCGUUAUAAAGAUGAAGCCGAUAAAACUUUGGCAAAUUUCAAAAAACAUUUCCAGAAGGCCAACAAGGAUCUCGCCCUCACCGCCACCAGCAGCUCUGCGGGUUACCACACCGCAAAUCAGAGUACUGUCACCAAGGGCAAAUCGUAUUGCUGGACCCACGGCAUCGUUCACAACACAAAGCACACCAGUGCGACAUGUGAAAAACAGGCCCCGGGGCACAAAACCGGCGCUACAUUGCACAACAAACAAGGCGGGUCGACUAAGACCUAUCAAUACACGCCACCGUCUUCAGUUGCACCAAACACUCCUCCGUUAGCUUCCUCCCCGCCAUUUUUCCCUCCCGACGCCAUUGCAGACACUGGCUGUACCGGACAUUUUUUGAGCACCAACAUUGCUCACAUACAUUGCCAACCGACGGUCCCCGGCAUCAAUGUGGUCCUCCCUGAUGGUCGCACAAUCACUUCGAGUCAUAUCACCGAACUCAACAUUCCCUCGCUUCCUCCGGCAGCUCGUACCGCCCAUAUCUUUCCCGGUCUCUCGAAUGGAUCCCUCAUUUCCAUCGGCCAACUUUGUGACCACGGCUGUACCGCCACGUUCACAUCUGACACAGUCCGCAUUGCGCUCAAUAACACUGUCGUUCUCCGCGGCGGCCGUUCUCCUUACACCCGAUUGUGGACCCUCGACUCCCCUGUAACGCCCAAUCCGCCCGCCACAGAAUUGCAUGCGCCUGUGCACGACAAAAAUUUUGCGAAUCACCUCGGAGACCACUCAGGGACCCUUGCCGACCGCAUUGCUUUUGUUCAUGCAUCCUUAUUCUCGCCCCAACUUUCGACAUGGUGCAAGGCCAUUGACAAAGGCCGCCUCACAACCUUUCCGGACAUCACGUCUGCACAGGUAAAACGGCACCCCCCACAGUCCGUCCCUAUGGUCAAGGGACACCUUGACCAGCAACGGUCCAACCUACGCUCCACCAAGCCCAAGGUCACCCUGUCUGCCUCUGUUGAUCCUGAUGACAUCAAUUUCGACACCAAUCCCGUCGUACAAGUGUCACGAUAUACACCAAGGUGA